GUGAUAUUUCUGUAAAAAAUGUCGUUUUGCCGCAAUCAGUACAUUUAACACACGAUUUGUGUUUAAUUUUAAGCGAGUUGUGCUCGGCGUUGAUCGCUCAAGAUUUAUAAGCACCACGGACAAGAUGGCUGAUAUAAAGUCCAUGUUCAACAAAAUGAGCGGCGCUACAGCGACCCAGAACGGGACGUCGGAGGCUGCGCCUGCGAAAGGCUCCAAAGCAGCCAUAGAGAAGAUCUAUCAGAAGAAAUCUCAGCUAGAGCAUAUCCUGCUCAGACCCGACACAUACAUCGGGUCUGUUGAGAGGGCUACAGAGACCAUGUGGGUGUAUGACAAGACUAAAGAAUGUAUGGUGCAGAGGGAGCUUACUUAUGUGCCAGGUCUUUACAAGAUAUACGACGAAAUACUCGUGAACGCAGCUGACAACAAGCAGAGGGAUCCCAAAAUGGACGUCAUGAGAAUUGAAAUCAAUCAAGAGCAGAACACUAUCUCAGUCUACAACAAUGGCUGCGGCAUACCCGUAGUUAUGCACAAGGACGAAAAAAUGUAUGUGCCAACAAUGAUUUUUGGACAUCUAUUGACAUCGUCAAACUAUAACGACGAAGAAGAAAAAGUGACUGGAGGUAGAAAUGGUUAUGGUGCUAAAUUGUGCAACAUUUUCUCAACAAAGUUUACAGUAGAAACUGCUUCAAAACAAUAUAAGAAACAUUUCAAACAGACGUGGGGUUCCAAUAUGACGAAAGCUUCAGAGCCGAAAGUAAAAGACGCUGGUAAAGACGACGAUUUCACAAAAGUAACAUUCAGCCCUGACCUGGCUAAGUUCAAAAUGGAGAAACUGGAAGACGACAUAGUUGCGCUGAUGUCGCGACGCGCAUACGACGUUGCAGCUACGACUGGGGUAAAGGUGUACCUCAAUGGAGAACGCAUCAAAAUAAACAAGUUCAAAGAUUAUGUAGAUUUAUACAUAAAAGGAAAAGAAGACGAGAAUGGGCAGCCAUUGAAAGUUGUUUACGAGAAGGUAAAUGAUAGGUGGGAGGUCGCUCUCACUCUAUCUGACAGGGGAUUCCAGCAGGUAUCAUUCGUUAACUCCAUAGCCACAACUAAAGGAGGUAAACACAUUGACUCUGUGACUGACAGUAUUGUAAAGAAUGUUCUAGAAGUAAUCAAAAAGAAAAACAAAGGUGGCGUUAAUAUUAAGCCUUUCCAAGUGAAAAAUCAUUUGUGGUUAUUCAUCAAUUGCUUGGUGGUGAACCCAACCUUUGAUUCACAAACAAAAGAAAACAUGACCCUCCAGGCCAAGAGCUUUGGAUCGAAGUGCAACUAUUCAGAAAAGUUUGUUAAUGCUGUAAGCAAGUGUGGCUUGGUAGAGGCUGUGCUGACUUGGGCCAAGUUCAAGGCGCAGACAGAACUGCAGAAGACCUCUGGGAAAAAGCAGAGUAAACUGAAAGGUAUUCCGAAGUUAGAGGAUGCUAACGACGCGGGAACGAAGAACGCACAUCUUUGCACAUUGAUUCUGACUGAGGGAGACUCAGCUAAGACAUUGGCUGUUUCUGGGCUUGGCGUUGUAGGCCGAGACCAUUAUGGCGUCUUCCCACUGAAGGGUAAGCCUCUAAACGUUCGCGACGCCUCGCACAAGCAAGUUCUUGAGAACGUCGAGAUCAACAAUCUGAUCAAAAUCAUUGGCCUUCAAUACAAAAAGAAAUACAACUCUGUUGACGAUCUUAAAUCGUUAAGAUACGGCAAAGUUAUGAUAAUGGCUGAUCAGGAUCAGGACGGAUCUCAUAUCAAAGGUUUAAUAAUCAAUUUUAUUCAUCACAACUGGCCGGAGUUGCUCAAGCUACCGUUCUUGGAGGAGUUCAUCACCCCAAUUGUGAAAGCCACUAAGAAAGAUAAGGAGAUAUCUUUCUACUCACUGCCAGAAUUCGAAGAGUGGAAGCGCGAAACUGAAAAUCAUCACACUUAUAAUAUCAAAUACUACAAAGGUUUGGGUACUUCCACGUCUAAGGAAGCAAAAGAGUAUUUCCAGAACAUGGAGAGGCAUCGGAUUCGUUUUAAGUAUGCUGGACCUACAGACGAUCAUCAUAUUGAAUUGGCGUUUUCUAAGAAAGGUGCUGACCAGCGUAAGGAGUGGCUGACAGGCCACAUGGAGGAAGUUAAGAGACGCAAAGAGAUUGGUUUACCUGAGAGAUAUUUGUAUACGAAAGAGACUAAGGCUGUAUCUUAUUCGGAUUUUGUUAAUUUGGAGCUUGUUCUCUUCUCCAAUGGAGAUAAUGUGCGAUCUAUCCCUUCCAUGAUUGACGGGCUGAAGCCAGGCCAGCGUAAGGUGAUCUUCACAUGUAUAAAGCGUAACGACAAACGGGAGGUCAAAGUGGCGCAGCUGGCUGGUUCCGUUGCCGAACACUCAGCUUACCAUCACGGUGAGCAAUCUCUCGCAAUGACGAUCGUGAAUUUGGCGCAAAAUUACGUCGGUUCCAACAACAUCAACCUGCUAGAGCCGCGCGGUCAGUUCGGUACGCGGCUUUGUGGCGGCAAGGACUCUGCAAGCGCUCGAUACAUCUUCACUCUUAUGUCGCCGCUGACUAGGCUCAUUUUCCAUCCUCAUGACGACCCGUUGCUAGUGCACGAAUUCGAAGACAACCAGAAGAUAGAGCCGGUGUACUACCUGCCGAUUAUCCCGAUGGUACUGGUGAAUGGCGCAGAAGGUAUUGGCACGGGUUGGUCCACCAAAAUCCCCAACUACAAUCCCAGAGAUAUCGUGGCAAACAUUCGUCGUAUGUUGGACGGCGAGGAACCAGUGCCAAUGCAUCCCUGGUACAAAAACUUCCGCGGCACCGUCGAAGGAUUCGGCGACAAAUACGUCAUUUCCGGCGAGGCGGCCAUCUUGCCCGGGGAUAAGAUUGAGAUCACGGAACUUCCCGUCGGCACUUGGACACAGAAUUAUAAGGAGAAUGUUUUGGAACCCAUGUUGGGAACCGAUAAAGUGAAGCCUCUUAUUCAAGAGUACAAGGAGUACAACACCGACACGACUGUGCGGUUCGUGGUGAGCCUCCUGCCAGGCAAGCUGGCCGAGGUGGAGGCCGAGGGCAUCCACAAGGUCUUCAAGCUGCAGACCACCAUCUCUAUGACUUGCAUGAACGCAUUUGAUCACAACAACUGCUUGACCAAGUACGAAAAAGUAGAAGACGUUCUCCGCCCGUUCUUCGACUUGCGUCUUAAGUAUUACAGUAGACGAAAGGAUUAUCUCGAGGGGCAGCUGCAAGCUGAAGCCGAUAAGCUGUCAAACCAGGCGAGAUUCAUUGUCGAGAAGUGCGAUAAGGGGCUCGUCGUGGAGAAUAAAAAACGAAAAACUAUGGUUGAAGAACUUAUUAAGAGGGGUUAUGCGCCGGACCCCAUCGCGGAGUGGAAGAAGCGAGCCGCCAAGAUAAAAGGCCUGACGGCGCUGGAGGAUGACGCCGACGAAGAGUCUGAGGAAGAGCCGGAACCAGAAGACAAGAGCAAGCCCGUAGAUCCAGAAAAAGCAUUCCAGCAGUUGAAGGAAGUGAAGAAGUUCAACUACCUGCUGGGCAUGUCGAUGUGGAUGCUCACCAAGGAGAAGAAGGACGAACUGCUGAAGCAGCGCGACCAGAAACUCACUGAGCUCACUGCGCUCAAAUUGAAAACACCGUCAAUGCUCUGGCGCGAGGACCUUGACGCGUUGAUCAAUAAGCUCGAGGAAGUUGAGAACAAAGAGAGGCAGGAAGAAGUGACUGUCAACAAGAAGACCUCGAAAGCGCUGAUGGAAAGGAUGAAGGCCGCUAACAAAAAGAGCCGUAAAUCCUUAAUGGAAAUUGCUCCUUCGGACAACGGACGCCGAGUCGAGCCCAAGAUCUCAGAAGACCUCAUCAAGAGGAUACAAGCAGCUGAGAAGGCCAAAAUUAAGAAGGAAACUAAGAAGGAGUAUGAUCCGGAUGACCCGACUGGAGUCAGUCCAGCGGGUGCGGAGAAGAAGCCCAAAGGACGUGUGAAGAAGGAGAAACCGGAAAAGCCUGAGAAAUCUGAAAAACCGGAAAAGGAGAAGAUUGAUGGGCUUAAACAGACCAAACUUACUUUUAAGAAGGAGCCUAAGAAGAAGAAGAUGACGUUCAGCGGCAGCAGCUCCGGCGAGAUGUCUGACUCCGACGUGGAGACCUUGGACGCACCUGCGCCUGCACCGCGGGAGAGAACCAAUGUGCGCCGCGCCGCGACCAAAGUACAAAAAUAUAAAGAUGGCGAAGACUCCGAAUCAGACGGGUCUGAUGUUGAAUUGCUCGACAAUAAGCUGGAUUCAGACGGCGAUCAACCGCAGAGGGCCAUGUCGAUCAGCGACGAUGAUGAUGAUUUCAAUGUCAAGAAGAAUGUAGCCAAGAAACCCUCGGAGAUGGAUUCAGAUUGUCUUUUCGACUCCCUAAUCGAGGUGUCGAAGCGCGAAGAAGAGAGAUCGGCCAAUCACAAAAUCAUCACCACUGCUGUGUCGAGUGAUUCUGACGUCGCACCUUCCCCACCUGCAUCCCCGCCGAAGAAGAAGGCUCCAGCCAAAAAGGGGAAAAUCAUGAACUCCGAUAAAGAGGAAAAGAAAGAAAAGCCCAAGAAACGACCCGUAAAAGUACUGAGCUUGGAUAGCGAGGAAGAUAGCAUAUUUGAUAGUAAAAAGAGUAAACAGAAAAAAGCGAAUCCUAAGAAGAAAGCGAAGAAGAACUCGAGCGAUGACGAGUCAGACUUCGAUUUCCGCGGGAGCCCUCCUCCCGUCGCGGCUAAGAGCAACGCGCGCGUGAAGACUGCCAAGACGUACCGCGAGCUGGACAGCGGCUCGGACAGCGAUUAGGAUGGCAGAUUGGCCUACCAGAGCCUAAUCUAACAGGAAUAAGUGAAUACCAUGCAGUAAUCAGCUAGAGAAUACUGGCAAGCAAAGUUUCGACAUCGUAUGUUACUGAAAAUGACUUACUCUCAUUUCCUAACUCCCCUUAUUCGAAUCUCUCGAACUGUAUUGAAAUAAAUAUUUUUUAUAAAUUUUUUGAAUUUUUGACACGUUAUUUGCAGUAACUUCGAUUCGUGAGUGAGUCCAUACGAUUUCGUAGAUGUAUUUUUUACUUAAGCACAAUUACUGUGGUGUUAAGUAUUAUCUAAUAUUAUACUUAUAAAAUAGUUAUUCGCACUAAGCUCAAAGACAAAUUGGAAAGAUGUUUUUUUUAAAUUUGCUUUUCAUUAAAUUGCAAAUUAUUAUCAAUAGACGGAAGUACAUUUAUUGUACGUUUGCAGCGCUGGCCGUUUUUUUCCUUUUAGUUUUUUUUAGUAGAAUCUUGUGAAAUUUUAUUGAAUUGUUCUUUCAUUUGUUUGACAUUUUUUCUAUCUUUACAUUUUGUUAUUAGUCUAUUUACCACUCUCUAUUUGGUAAUAAGCAAUUAAAAAAAUAAUGACUUGUAACGUCAAAAGAAAUUGUAAAUAUUUAAAUUUUUAUUACAAUAUUUUGAAAUAUCAUUUUCUUAAUUUGAUUUUCUGAGUAAUUUAUUCACGACAAUUCAUUUAUAAUUAAGGCAUUUUGUAUCGUAAUGUAAUACUUAUUUAUUGUACACAUGAUUAAAGAAUUAAAUCUACAUGCAACAGGA